AUGCCUGCGAUGUCCGGCUGCUUUGGAGGGUAUGCCUGGUACUCUCUGGCCAUCAACUUUGGCACGGCAUGUCCUGCCAUUCUCCAUGCUAUAAUUGCACUCGGCGCAUAUCACGAAAUCUCAGAGGCCGUCAAAAGUACGGAGGCGUGGAGCUUAGAUCGUAGCGCGAAUCCGUCUGACCUUUCCUCUUUAGCCUCCGUACAGUACAUGAAGGCCAUUCCUCUCCUCCGCGACAGUCUUUCCUCGAACGAAUCCUCGCCUGCUGGAAUUGAGAUAGCUUGUGUAUUGUUCGCUUGCAUAGAAUCGCUCAGAGGCAAUCGACAAUCGGCAUCCGUACACGUUACGGGCGGGUUAAGCGUAUUAAAAUCACGACAAAAGAGCCAGCUUAUGUCCUCCGAGGAGGCGAUUAUGAAACCAGUGUUUGCUCGGAUGAGCCUCAUGCAAUCUCUUUACGGCCGCCCCAGAGGCAUUCGGUUUCCAGAGCUUCUAGAUCCAUACGACGAGGCACCCUCUCUGCGUGAGGGUAGAUUUGUGAAUCUCAAGGAUGCUUACACUGCGAGCACAGGGAUGUUGAAUGGAAACGUGCGUUAUGUUGAGAUGACUAAACAUGGCGGCUUUCCAGACCAGGCUACAACGGAUAUAGCAUAUGCGGCCCAUCUUUCGCAGGUUAAGGGUUGGUCCAAAGCUUUUGAGGCUUAUGUCAGUGAGCCUGCUACAAGCGAGGAAGAGGUUCUUGGACGAGUACUAUUGCGCUCACACCACUCGCUUGCGCGCUCUUUUCUGGCAGCUUGCAGAACUCGACAAGAGAAAUCCUUUGACCUUGACAUUUCCCAUUUCGAGUUGAUCGUCAGAUCUCUGGAACCCUUCAUUUUGCCCCUAGCAAAUUCUGGACAACCGUUCUCGACAUCCUUCUCGCUAGAUAUGGGGUUAGUCCCCACAUUGUUCUACACUGCGGUCAAGUGCCGACAUCCGAAAGUGAGACGGAGGGCAAUAGCGUUACUACGUCUUGCACCGAGGCGAGAGGGGCUUUGGGACGCGAUUGAAGCGGCCAAAGUUGCAGAGCUAGUGGUUAAGUUUGAAGAGACUUACCUAGAUGAAUCUGGAAGCAAGCGAGAUUCGUCAACAGAGCCGCAUUUGAUACCAGAAUGGGCGCGGAUCCACGACGUCGACAUCCUGGAUAUUGAUUCUCUGGACCCUUCGCGGCAACUGGUCAUUCUAAGAUGGAAACCCGAUGGGAUCGAUGGGAAAGUUCAGGAUAUGCGCAGCUACAUUCGCUUCUUAGCCCGUGCGUCCAUCGUGGUUGGCCACGGUCUGAGCUCGAAGUUCGCUCAAGCUGCUCUAUCUGAUGCCGUUCAACAUGCCCGCGCGUGCCAAUCCGGCAUCCGCCAGUUCCGAGAGCCCGACCGAGAAUCGUAUGAGGGCACACAGCACCCUGGCAAGCUGGUGUACAAGCACAAAUUCGAGAUGGCGGCACUACUGCGCGGCAUCGCCGUCGUCGCUAGCCAGUACACCUGCGACGCGCGCACCCACAGCGUCUACAAUUCGUCUGGCACGACAUGUUGGGCCGAGGGACUCAUGAAGCGGGCGUCGAGCUCUAGCGUCGACAGUGAGUUGCAUCGGCAAAAAACGGCGGCCAGGCGGUCCACAAGCUCGGCAUCGGGAGGCACGCCUGGGAAUGCCGCGCGAUGGCGCAGCCAGGAGAAAACCGCGGCGGUCUGGGCUAGCUGGUCUGCUGUACCCGGGACCCAGACUUCCUAG